AUGUUUUGGGGAGCCUUAUCAUAUGAUUACAAGGGUCUAUGUCAUAUAUACGAUCCGGAGAACGUUGCAGCAAAGAAAAAGGUUCUACAAGACUUAGAAAUUGUGAACCAAGGACGAGAAGAACGUGCACGAGAAGAAUGGGAAUUAAAUAAUGCUUUUUCACGGCUUCGCUUAGAGCCUAGAAAAAGCCGCCGACCAACGUUUAAAUUCACUGCGAAAAAUGGCAAAUUGGAGCGGAAGGGAAAGGGUGGUGUAGAUUGGUAUCGCUAUCAAAAGGAAGUCCUUUUACCUAAAUUACUUCCAUUCGCAGCAAGAUGUAAGGAAUCAAGACCUCAUACACUAGUCAUGAAGGAUGGGGCCCCUGCGCAUGCUCAUUUCCACCAAAAAGAGGUGUACGAUUUGCACGAGAUCCAGCGCCUCCUUUGGCCUGGUAAUUCACCUGAUUUGAAUGCUAUUGAACCAGCCUGGUUUUGGUUAAAGAGACGUACAACUCUCCAAGGAGCACCUGCAGAUCGAGAACCAGCUAAAAAGGCAUGGUUAAAGGCUUGGGAGGAGCUGCCACAAGAUCGGAUCCGUGCUUGGAUUGAGAGAAUCCCCUUUCACAUUGAAGAAAUUAUACGUCUUGAGGGUGGGAAUGAGUAUGAGGAAGGUAGGCCUCGAGGGGAUUCAAAGAAGCGCUGCCGUCAGAAAGGGGUACUGUCAUUUAGGGCCUAUCUAGCAAGUGAGCCUGCGGCAAAUACAGAGUACUGCGAAAGAAACACAAAGGCCAGCCACAUGGCUAGCAGAGAGACCCGCUUCUUUGAGGACAUCCGUCCUCGCCAACCUCUCCUUAGCACCUACUGGCAAACAUCCAAAGGCCACAUAGAAGUGGAUCGUCCUAUCUUGACGCCCGAGGCUUACCCCUCAGCGGCCUAUGUCACAAUAGGGAUUGGUGGGAAACCUGCUGACAAGGCUUUAUGGUAUCUCCAACGUCAUCGUGCGUACGCCUUGAAGCUUGGAGGAGGUGAAAUUUUUUCAGUAUCAACCGACGCCUCCUUUGCAGAUAAUACACCCGACCGCAAGAGCUCGCAAGCAUAUGUCAUGACACUUCGGAGGAACGAUAGGAUGGCAAGCCAACAAACAGGAUACGGUAACAACAUCAACUACGGAAGCCGAAUUACGUUGGGACUGCUAGAGAAAGAUGCUCCACGAUUGCGUACAAAACUUCGACACGUCGAUAUUCAUAAUCUCUGGGCUCGACAAGACGUGCAGAAAGGGGACAUCCAAGUGCACUACAUGCUUCCAAAAGAUAUGAUCGCCAACGGCCUGACCAAGGCACUCAGCAAGCAGGAACACCAAAUCUUUCCUAACCAAAUCGGAGUGGAGAAUAUUGACUGUCAUCUUGCAUCUCAGCAAAAGGACAUGGAGAAUCCGGAUAUCGAAGAAUUGCCUUCACUCAACGACAUGCCCGACAAUAUAUGA